AUGCCGCCUUUCUCUGUUGAACCUUUUGUGUGCGCGCGUCUCGAUUUUCUAAGAGCUGUAACGACCGGACCAGACGCCGUACUCUCAUUCUACCGCUCGUGGUCGACUUGUGUACAAGAACUACAUGAAGCGCAUCGUCAAGGCCUCGUGCCGCCAGACGCCCUGCGGGUCGUGAGCAACGCUGUUCGCGACAUGGAUGUGCUUGCGUCCUGCUUCUCGGAGACGGAAGAAAAUGCGCAAGACCUCUUGAGCAGUCUACUAGAGAAAAGUUCGCUCACGAACGAUCACCCCAAACCCGAACCUUACCUGUCCAAUUGGAUUCUUCUGCAUCUCGACAGCCCAUAUCCUGACGAGGACGAGGUUGACAGGAUAGCCGCCGCCACCUCCACUACGACGAAGUGGGUCAAUAACUGGUUCAUCAAAGCUCGCCGUGCCAUUGGAUGGGACGCGUUGUUACAGCUAAGCUUCACGGAUGAUAUUGUCUCAGCGUCUCGCGCUGCGCGUCAUGUCUACUUUGGAGAGGAAGGCACAGCGGCGUGCAUUCCUACCCACAUUGUGAUGGAGUUUUUGCGGAUCGAGCGUGAAGCCGAAAAGAUGCGCGAGACGGCCAUUGCGACCGUGCUCUCCGACUAUGGAUGUGGAGAGUUUCAUCUCUUCGCCGAGGAAGAAGAAGAGGAGGAUAUGACGCCGGCACCAGCGGUUGCAGGUGCGAAGCGCCGCCGUCCUGAUGAAGAGGAUGAGAUUGGAUCUCACAAGAGAGUUCGUUCUUCGCCCUCAAUGUGCACUGCGCGUAGGCCUCGAGUUGCAACUCGUCGUGAUGUCUCCACGUCGUCGAACUCGGCACCUUCCAUUAGGUGCACAUUUACUCUGCCAACUGGACAGACGCUGGAUGUCAACGCCCUCAACGCUACGACCUCGUCGUCUCGUAAGCGCCGUGCAUCAGAUACCGACGAUGAUGGCGCUGCACAUAUUUCCAAGCGCGCUCGUAGGACCCUCAUCGACGCAUCGACUUCCUCACCCUCGGGCCAGCAGUCGCUGAGCGAUAUUCUUACGGCGCCACUCGGUACGAUGUUGCCCCCAGACAUCGAUGUUUGGGCAUCAAAUAUCAGUCCGGCUACGGACUUCUCGUUAGACUGGAUGCACGGCCCGUUUAAUGCGCUGGCACCGCCAUCCGGCGACGUUAGCCUCUCUACCAUCGACUGGAACAAUCCCGAUAUAUUUUCCAUCAUCGAUCCUGCCGACCACGCGAUUGACACUAUAUUCAGUCCCGAUAAUGCCCUCACAUCGUCUUCACCCUUGAUGUCAACGCCGUCGUCGCCACGUUCGGUUACCGAUUCCUUAUCUGGUUCAGACACCUCGCUCGAGUCUCUGUCGCCGGUUGUUGGCCGAGACACCGCCUUAGACGACAUUUCCAACACUGUACUUUUCGGAUGGGACACCCUCCCCCCCGUUCAGCCUGUCGAUCCGAUGCAAAUACCUGAGGGCGCCGCAAAGGGCAAAGUCGGCAUCCACGUGCCUUGGUUCCACGCCGACACUGUCGUUACUCCGAGCGAAUAUCCCUUCGAGCCCGAGUACGGCGACUGGACCGCGCCGCAGAUUUUUACCGCGAGUUAUUGA